UCAGGCAGUCUCUAUGGUGUGCUGUAGACGCUCUAUCCGCCGCCUCUUCUCUAUGGUCGUUAGGGUGGGGCGCUCUACCUCCAGCCGGGAUCUUUGUGGUGCGGUGGAGGACUGGCCGGCUCUGCGCUGUCAUGGCGGCUCUGGCUCGGUUCGGGCUCCUGCUCCUGUUCUCUGUGUCUCCCGGCUCCGCCGUCUAUGAGGAUCAAGUGGGGAAGUUUGACUGGCGGCAGCAGUAUGUCGGGCGGCUGAAGUUCGCUUCUCUGGAGUCCGGACAAGGAGCCAAGAAACUCAUCGCCGCCACCGAGAAGAACAUCAUCGUAGCCUUGAACUCUCGCACGGGUGACAUCUUAUGGCGCCACAUCGAUAAGGACACCGCAGAAGGCUCCGUAGAUGCUUUGCUUAUGUAUGGACAAGAUGCCAUCACUAUUUCCGGUGGUCGUGUUUUACGUUCCUGGGAGGUUAACAUUGGGGGUCUGAAUUGGGAAGCCCUCUUAGAGCCCGGCAGCUUUCAGGCAGCCGGAUUUGUUGGGUCUCAGGACUCGGCCAGGUAUAUUGCGGUGCUGAAGAACUCGGCGCUGUCUCUUCACUAUCUGUCCAACGGGCACCAGAAAUGGUCCGAACCUCUGCCAGACAGCGGCUCCGUGCAGUACCAGCUCCUGCAUUCCACCUAUAAAGGAGUCGUCCAUGUGGUUGGCAUCGUCCCCAAUGAUCACAUCCGGAUCCUGACGUUUAGUGUGGAGGACGGAUCCAUCAGUCAGCAGGUUCAGGUGCCCACUCACUGGCUGGGCACUCUACAAGGGACGUGCGGGAUCGUCUCGGAGAGUGUACUGGUCUGUGCGGACACGGUCACCGCCUCCCUCCAUACCUUGUCUUUGCUGACCGGAGAUGAGACCACCCAGCAUCACCUGCAGGCUCUCGGUGUGGAAGCGAUCGAUGAUAUCACUGAGCUCGGGGUUGUAACGGCUCCACGUACCACGACAGGACCGACGCUGUCGCAGUUCUUCCUCCAGAUCUCCCCACGACGCUUCUUGCUUAUGCAGUACAGAGACGGCGUCCUCACCCCGCUGCGAGACUUCUCUCAGGCGUAUCUGGUCACUUUUGCUUCCACUGGUGACAAGUCGGUGGCUGCGGUUCUACAGUGCAAGACCGACGUGAAAAUCCCAGAGGUCGAGAUUCCAUCUGGACUGAGCUGCUCUGAGGACGCCUGGUCAUGUCCCGGUCAGACCUUCACCAUCAGCCUGUACAUGGCGGACAGCGGGCGCCGGCUCCUGGACACCACCAUGACCUUCACUCUGGAGCAGAGUUGCGUGAGACCUGACGCUAUGUACCUCCAGCUGUUCCUGAAGAAGGACGACUCUGUGGGCUAUCGAGCUCUGGUGCAGACCGAGGACAACCAGCUCCUGUUCCUGCACCAGCCAGGAAAGACCUUUUGGCUGCGAGAGGAGUCGCUCGCCGACGUAAUCGCCAUGGAAAUGGUUGAUCUGCCGCUCACAGGGGCCCAGGCCGAGCUGGAAGGAGAGUUUGGGAAGAAAGCAGACGGACUCCUGGGGAUGGUGUUUAAGCGUCUGUCCUCCCAGCUGAUCCUGCUGCAGUCCUGGGGCGUUCACUUAUGGAAGAUGUUCUGUGACGCCCGCAAACCGCGCAGCCAGAUCCGCAACGAGAUCAACAUCGACACGCUGGCCAGAGACGACUUCAACCUGCAGAAGAUGAUGGUCAUGGUGACGUCCUCCGGGAAGCUCUUCGGGAUAGAGAGCAGCUCCGGCGGCAUCCUAUGGAAGUUCUUCCUGCCGGGGGUCCGGCCCGCAGCCUCCUUCAAGCUGGUGGCACAGAGGACGACUGCCCACUUCCCUCACCCGCCUCAGUGCACCCUGCUGGUGAAGGACAAGACGACGGCCCUGACCUCCAUCUAUGUUUUUAACCCUAUCUUUGGCAAACUGAGCCAGAUGGCCCCUCCUCCUCUGCAGCGGCCCAUCCUCCAAUCCCUACUGCUCCCUAUAAUGGAUCAUGACUACGCCAAAGUGCUGCUCCUGCUGGACGAUCAGCGAAAGGUCACCCCCUUUCCGUCCACGAAGUACGUUCUGCAGCAGCUGCAGGAAUUGUCCUCCACCGUCUUCUUCUACCUGGUGGACUCUGAGAAGGGCGAGCUCACCGGCCUCCGCCUUCACAAGGAUCUUUCUACAGAGGAAAUCUGGGAGAUCCUGCUCCCGACCGAGCUCCAGCGGAUCACAUUGGUGAAGGGAAAGCGUUCCAAUGAGCAUGUGCACUCCCAGGGGCGAGUGAUGGGCGACCGCAGCGUCCUCUACAAGUACUUGAACCCCAACUUAUUGGCGGUGAUCACGGAGAGUACAGACACCCACCCCGACCGCUGCUUCAUAGGAAUCUACCUCAUCGAUGGAGUGACCGGCCGUAUAAUCCACUCGUCUGUGCAGAGGAAAGCCAAAGGUCCCGUCCACCUCGUGCACUCCGAGAACUGGAUUGUGUACCAGUAUUGGAACAGUAAGGCGCGGCGCAGUGAGCUGAGUGUCCUGGAGCUGUAUGAGGGCACCGAGCAGUAUAACAGCACCAGCUUCAGCUCCCUGGACAGACCGCACCUGCCACAUGUCCUCCAGCAAUCCUACAUCUUCCCCUCCUCCAUCCGCGCCAUGCAAGCCACCAUCACCGAGCGCGGCAUCACCAGCCGACACAUCCUCAUUGGACUUCCAUCAGGCGCCAUUCUUUCCCUUCCUAAGGCUUUGCUGGACCCUCGUCGUCCGGAAGUCCCCACAGAGUAUACAAGAGAGGAAAACCUAAUUCCGUACACGCCGGACAUCCAGAUCCACGCUGAACGCUUCAUCAACUACAACCAGACCAUCUCCAGGAUGAGGGGGAUUUACACCGCGCCGUCCGGCCUGGAGUCCACCUGUCUUGUCGUGGCCUACGGACUGGACAUCUACCAGACUCGCGUUUAUCCUUCCAAGCAGUUUGACGUGUUAAAGGACGACUACGACUACAUGCUGAUCAGCAGCGUCCUCCUCGGCCUGGUCUUUGCCACCAUGAUCACCAAGAGACUGGCGCAAGUGAAACUCCUGAACCGGGCCUGGCGCUAAAGACGAGAGGGGGCGGAGUAAGCUUCCGGCCGCCAUCUGCAGAGACUUAGCCGCUCCCUCCACAGACUGUUCAUGGACUCUGGGUCUAGGGAAGCGACUGCUGUAACUUGAAUGUGUGUGACACCCGCCUGCCAUCACAAUACUGCCGCCCUGGUGGACGGGCUUACACUGGAAGCAAUGGGACAAAACACCCUGUGGUUGAAUGAAUGAGUGAAGUAAAUUUUUUUCCUGCCCCUGAAGCGAUUUCUGCUUCUGUGUUUAAUUAUUGGAUAAUAAAAAGUUCUGUAGGGCCGAGUUCACAUCGGUGGAAAACAUUGCCCGCAGCGGUUUCUGAUCAGGCCCAUAGAUCCCGCCGCGUUAGGAACCCUGGAAGGGACGCGGGGUGCAAUGCGUGCUGCGUCUGUCAGUCAGCCAUAUGUGAUCCAGCCCUAACGUUCUAAUAGUCUUUGUUUUUUUUAAAAGGGGUACUCCACCCCUAGACAUCUUAUACCCUAUCCAAAGGAUUAGGGAAUAAAAUGUCUGAUUGAGGGGGUCCAGCCACAGGGAUCCCCGCAAUCUCGGCUGCGGCACCCCAGACAUCCGGUGCACAGAGCCAACUUUGCUCCGUGCCGGAUGACUGGCGAUGAGGGGAGGCUCGUGAUGUCAUGGCCACGACCCCUCAAUGCAAGUCUAUGGGAGGGGGCGUGACGUACGUCACGCCCCCUCCCAUAGACUUGCAUUGAGGGGGCGCGGCCGUGAUGUCGUUGCCAGGGCGUGACUGUGAUGUCACGCUGCCCCCGAUGCUCUAAUAAGGGAUAAGAUAUCUAAGGGUGGAGUACCCCUUUAAAUAUAUUGAAUAUUUGCUUUCAGUGAAUGGAAACAUUUUAGUUUUUUAUAUGCAGCAGCUAAAAACCUCUUUGUACAUAAUUCUUUUCACAUCUGAGGGUUUGCUACAUUUACAUCCAGCCUUGGCUGUGGCUCCCCAUGAUACUUUACCUGCUGUUACAUUGUAUCAAACUAUCAGGCUGGGUUCAGACUAAAGAAUUAACGGUCAUUUCUGGAAAUUCCGAUCCAGUUUCCGUCAAUGGCGUCCCGCCGCACAGUGCAAACUAUAGAAUUUCAAUGGCGGGCGGAGCUUUUGCCAUUGAAAGAAUGAUUUUGCUUGUUUUUUUCGUGGGAAUACCGCGUGGAAAACAUUGCGGUCUAUGGGGAGCGGCAAUGUCCGCACAGUCAUAGCGCAACUGAUUUCAUCAGUCAGAAUAUUUUGGGGGGUAGAUUCCUCAAUGUGAACCCGGCCUUAGGCCAUGUUCACACUGUGGAAUUCCGCACAAAUGCCGUUCAGCAAAGUUUACGGAAAUCUGUCGAAAUAGCGGCGGAAUCCUGGGUUCUGCCGAAAUUCAAGCCCCAUUGAGUUCAAUGGGAUUCCGCCCGCAAUUCCACAAAAAUGUAAAGACUGGUCUUAAAAUUUUGCAGAAUUUCCACGGUGGAAAUUCCGCUAUAUGAAUGGGACAGCGGAAUCCCAUUGAAGUAAAUUUCCGGCGGAAUUCCGUACGGAAAUUCCACCAUGUCAACAUAGCCUCAUAGUGGUUAUCCAAUAUCCGAAAAAUAUUUUUCUUCCUAAAAAUAGCGCUGCCUCCAACUUCAGGUUGUAUUUGGUAUUGCACUCCAGUUCCAUUGAAGUGAACGGAGCCAAGUUGUAAUACCACACACAACCUGAGGACAGGGGGUGGUGCUGAUUUUCUUUUCUUGGAUAACGCCAGAAGUGAAUGCAGUUGUAGCAAACCCUCAGCUGUAAAAAGUAGUACAAGGCCAGAAAAGAAAAUGAAGGGGGAAGAGUGUUUCUGUUCACUGACAAAAAGCAGAGAUCUUGCUGAUGUUAAGGAAUUCAGACGUCUAUUAGAACGUUACAGAACUUUUCGUUAUACAGUGAUGAAGCUUUAUAUACAUGAACCUGGAAAUCUCUCUUUAUAGUGUCAUAGUCUAAAAGUCACAUGACUUGUUUGCAGGGCCCUUUAUUUAUACAAAGUGUGGCUCCCCGGCUGUUGCAGCAAAACUACAACUCCCAGCAUGCACUCACUGCGUUGCUCAUGUCUAGGGUAGUGUUUUCCUAGCCAGGGUGCUUCCA